CUCGCACCCUCAGUCUGCUGGCAACCUCAGGCGGGAGAAGACGUGCGCUCGACACUCUGCCUUCCUCGCCGCCACGCCGUCUUUUUUUUAUAUUAAACUUACUAUGGAUUGUUUGCGUUGAUGAGCGUAGCAGAAGCGGAAGCCCUAGUGUAAAAGGAUAAAGGAAACCACAGGCUGCUGGAAAAAAAAACAAACCAUUAAUUUCUGUUCGAAUAAGGUGCAAAAGUGAAGAAGAAAAAUUCGUUUUGUUUGGGUUUGUAAAAUAGUUUUUCUGGAAAAAUUGCAAUACAAAGAAAGGCGAGCGUGCAAGCCGAUGAGCCCAGAACGAAAGGGAAAGCCGUUUUAGCCGAGAGAGAACCCCGCGCCGAGGCAGAGGAACCCCAAGAGACUCACGACUCGAAGGCCGAGGACGACCCCUCGACUCACGACUCAAAAUGGCGGAGAUCGACGCGAACGACCCCGAGCUCAAGUACCUGGUGGUCUCGAGGGACACCUUCGAGGACCCGGCGUCGCAGGCGGAGUGGACGCAGAAGCGCCUCGUAUGGAUCCCCCACAGCGACCAUGGCUUCGUCGCCGCCGGCAUCAAGGGCGAGGUCGGGGACGAGGUCGAGGUCGAGAUCUCCGACACCGGCAAGCGCAUUCGGGUGGCCAAGGAUGACAUCCAGAAGAUGAACCCGCCCAAGUUCAACAAAGUCGAGGACAUGGCCGAGCUCACGUGUCUGAACGAGGCCUCCGUCCUGCACAACCUCAAGGAACGCUACUACUCCGGACUCAUUUACGUAAGUUUUCCUGCGCUUUUCUCGGGCAUCGGGAAUAGGAGGUUGAAGGCGGCGUUGGAAGACCAGGGAUGUGUAGGGGGCUGUCGUGGAGGUUGUGAGAGCAGUGCUACGAGGUACCCAGAGGACGUGUCGAGGCCCCGCUGGGAACGGCGGGGUUGGAAUGGGAAUUUUCAAGAGGUUGGGAUUCCCAUGGUUGCCCUCGACGUCCUUGCAUUUCAAAACGACCGUUAA